GGCUCAGGUCAUGAUCCCGGAGUCCUGGGAUCGAGUCCCACAUCGGGCUCCCGGCUCAGCAGGGAGCCUGCUUCUCCCUCUGAUCCUAUCCCCUCUCAUGCUGUUUCUCUCUGUCAAAUGGAUAAAUAAAAAAUCUUAAAAAAAAAAAAUGGUUCUAGGGUUUUCUAACAGUGGAGAACAGAUUACCCUUAGAUGAGACAAGGUUUUAAAGAUAAAAAGGGGCAGACUGGCCUAGUGCUUUUCCCAAUGAAGAAUGCUGGUUCUACCCCUUCCUGUAUCUCACAUACAAAGAGGGGCUUCAGGAUUGUGCAGGACUUCUAUCUAUAAGAAAUUAUUACCCAGUGCAGGAGGAGUAAAGGAAACUUAAGUUGGUGAUAUCUUUUCAACACAGGCAUGAAGAAGAGCCCAUCCUGGAUUUUCCUGCCGUGGAACUUCAGAGAAAGGCUGAUUUUUUCCAUGGCUUGUUUUUAUCUACCUCAGCAUUUCCUCUUCUUCAGUUUCUUUCUUCUGAAAGGAGUGCUGGUAAUGGCAAAGGCUGCAGAGCUCCUAAAACCAGACCCCAGGAUUUCCCAUUUCUAACCCUCAGCUGAUCUGCCUGCAAGGAAGAGGGGAAAUGCCAUGGGUUCCAGAUUUAAGGGAAAUUGAGGAUGAAGAAGACCAAAGCACUUGACCGACUGUACGUUGUGAGACCCUUCGGUUCAACAUCAUGAGCCUCAGCUACUUCCUGACUGCUAUCCAUUCCAUCUAUUGAGGUUUCUUUUUCUGCAGAGAGAGAGAGAAAAAAAAAAAGGAGACUGGGUGACUUAAUGGGAGGAGAGAGAGAUGAACAAAGGUUAUGUGGAGAAGAGCAACUGAUGUGUCAAAUGCUAUCGCCCAGGCUUGUUAUGUCAAGGAAAGGCAGAGGAAGGUGGCAAGUGCUGUGUCAAGAAAUGGUCUAAAGCUUCAGGGAAUAUGGUAUCUCAACUGGGUCUCAGCAAUGAGUCGGAUUUCCGCAGAUGAAGGUGGGAGAGGAAGAGCAUGACACAUGACAGCAACUGCAAAGGCUGUGGCCCUGUGACCAAACGGUCUUUUUGUGUUUGGGCUUACUUCCUUGUGAGGUGGGACAUGCCAGCACACUCUGGGAUGGAAAGAGAGAGAGCCAGCACAAGCAGGGAAAGCGGCAGGCAGAGGGAGAAACCUGCUCUCUGCUGAGGAGGGAGCCCAAUGUGGGACUCGAUCCCAGGACCCUGGGAUCAUGACCCGAGCCGAAGGCAGACGCUUAACAGACUGAGCCACCCAGGUGUCCCGAGAAACAAACAAACAAACAAACAGUAACUGUGAGAGAAGACUCAGAAAUGGACGUGGUUGAAGACCUGAAGAGAGUUAAUCACUUUUUUUAAAAAGCGCUGAGAAAACUUAUCCCAAAGACUCCAAGCAGACGUGCAUCUCAUUGAUAUGGGGGAGUAUCGACGGGAGAAUGCCCAUUCCUAAACCAGUCACUGGAAGGGUAAUGAGAUUACUAUGACCUGGGGGUCCAAGUAUGGAUCGGAAAUUCACAUCGUGGCCCGGGCAGCAGCGGCCCCUAGAAUGGCGAAGCACACGGUUUGGUUUGGCGCCAGACGGAGCCAGGUUGGCUCGCUCCCUUUAAGACGAGAGUCACGUGACAACCACCCGACCAAUCAGAGGUGAAGAUCCGACCAGGACACGCCCAUUCUCCUCACUCCUUCUUCCUGAGCUCUACCCAGACGGCGUCUGUAGCCACGCUCUCGCGUCUCUGAGAGAGAAUCUGGCGUUAUGGACACUCCGUCGUCCGACCAGAAGGCGCAGAAGCAAGAGCAGGGUGAGGUGCCCGAAGGGCCGAAGAACGAGGUCGCCCCUGCCCCCGGCGACGCCCGUGGGGCCGGCAACCCCGAUCCCAGUGCCGUGGUCCCCUCGGUCUCGAGCGGCCUUUCCCCAUCGGGUGGUGGCGCCCCACAGAGCGGUACGGCAGGUUCCUCUGCUUCCGCCCUGGCUGCCGUCGGCGCCAUUUCGGUCAAUGGCGAGGGCCCGGAGCUGCCCUCCACGGGCUGUGUGCAGGAGAGGGAGCGUGCUGACCUCCAGGGCGGCCGCAGUCCCCACGCCAAGCUGAGAUGUGUGGUGCCCGAGCUGAGAUGUGUGGUGCCCGGGGCGGGGCUGGGUCUCCAGGCCUCACACGCGGGCGGCGUGGCCGCCAUGGUGCAAGCCGUGAGGGGAGUUGGCCAGGCCAGCGGGCCUCCGACCCUGACCGCGAGCCCGGGGAGGGGCCGUGGGAGGAAGCAGCCCGGCCGCGAGGAGGCUGCCCAGGCUCAGAAGCCUCCAGAGCGGCGCUGUCUGUUUCCUGCGCUUCCUACAGCUCCGUGCCCCGUGCCCUUGCCGCCAUCUUCUCCGGGCUCUCAGCCCAGCGGCCGCCGCCGUUCUCGGGCUUCUCCGUCGGGUCACGCAUCCCAGCCAGGCCCUGCCCUCCGAAGUCAGGCCCGGGCACCAGGCCCAGCCCUCCGCAGUCAAGCGGCCAGGCCAGGCCCUGCCGUCCACGACCGCGCCACCCCGCCAGGCAUUGAUGAUCUCAGCCGUGAAUCUGAGCCAGGCUCUGCUUGCCGCCGCCGCCGCCAUGCACCCGAGCCAGGCCCUGCUCGCCGCCGCCGCCGCCAUGCACCUGAACGAGGCCCUGUUCGUCGCCGCCGCCGCCGUCGCCUCAGCUGCCGCGCGUCCCAGCCAGGCCCUGCCCUGCGAAGCUCCACCGCUCCGCCAGGCCCAGCCCCUUCUACCUACACCACCCCGCCACGCCCUCUCCGCAGGCAAGCAGCCGGGCCACGCCCGGCCCACGGAAGCUACACCGCUCCGCCGGGCCCUGCUCUCCGGAGCCCGGCGUCCGGGUCGGGCCCUGCUCUCCGGAGCCCGGCGUCCGGGUCGGGCCCUGCUCUCCGGAGCCCGGCGUCCGGGUCGGGCCCUGCUCUCCGGAGCCCGGCGUCCGGGUCGGGCCCUGCUCUCCGGAGCCCGGCGUCCGGGUCGGGCCCUGCUCUCCGGAGCCCGGCGUCCCGGUCGGGCCCUGCACUUCGCAGCCGUGCAUCCGCACGAGGCCCUGCACGCCGCCGCAGCCGUCCUACCACCCCACCAGGUCCUGCUCUUCGUAACCGCACAACUAGGCCUGGCCGGGCCCUCCGCCGCCCCGCCGCGCCGCGCAGUCUUGCCUCCCACCCAGCUCCUGUUCGCUGCAACGGUGCAUGCUGUCGAGGCCUUGUUCUCCACUACCGCGCUACUGGGCCAAACCUUGCCCUCCGCGCCUCCCCUCCAGGCCCUGCUCUCCGCAGCAGCCUCGCAGCCAGUCCAGGCCCUGUUCUCGGGAGCCACGCCUCCACGCUGGGCCCUGUCCUCCGGAGCCAUGUUAUCCAGCAAAGAUCAGCAGUUCGCAGCCUCCCUCCUCCGCCAGGGCUGGCCGCCCAGAGCCCUUCUCCCCCUGGGUUCGCCUUAAGAAGGCUGGUCUCCCGGAGCGGCUCAAAUUCACCUGAUCCUGAGGUCCUGUGCUUUGCCUCCCAGCCUGGUCCUGCCAUCCACGCGAGUUCCUCACCAUCCUCUCUUGGCGCGUUCUAUUCUCUCUUCCCUAGGCGAUAUAGUGAGGGCUUCUUCUCAUCCCCUGGGUCUCCUGGCCUGAACCCCUGCCCCUCCUCUGCUGGGUGUUCUGUCCUUACCUCCUGUUCGUACUCCCGUGGGUUUUGUGGUCUGGGCUCCAUCUCCACCCCUAGCCCUGAUAGCAUUAGGCGUGCCUUGCUGCCAGCACUUGAUGCCCUGAGCCCUGUCUCUCCAGGAGAGCAGGCUGAAAUAGGGAGCACACCGUCCCCACCUACACCUCCUAUGCUGUGACCCUCCUCAUAAGACCCAGUAAAGGAACCCGCAUCCACCCACUGUCCUAAAUGGGCUGCCUGCCCCGCAGUUACCUGUGAGGUUUCCAAGUUUUGUGAGCCAGCAACCAAGGUCCUGAGUUUUGAAACUUCCUCUCCCCAAGGCUCCACCACCCAACACUUAACCUGCUGUUGGCCCUUGAUUCCAGGGCCCCUUCUCCCUCAAAAGGGCUGGCCUGCCUUUGCCCCUGAGUUGAGAUUCCCCUUUUCCAGGGUUGCCACUUAUACAAUGAAUUUUUGAUGAAUAAAAUUAAAAUGUUGACUUCAUUGUGU